AUGAGGCUGAACGAGAACACGGUGAUCUGUGGGGAUAAGGUGAUUCUCGUGCCAUACCGGUCAGUGCUGAUCAUCCUGAAGACGUAUCAUGACUGGAUGAAGUCGCCCGAGCUGCUGGAGCUCACAGCUUCCGAGCCACUAUCCCUGGAGGAAGAGUAUGAUAUGCAGCGGAAAUGGCACACAGAUGAAGACAAGUUGACCUUCAUUCUCCUCGCCCGAUCCUCCAACCUUCCCUCUUCCUCACACUCUCUCCUUAACCCUUCUCAGCUGCCAUCCUGCCGCAUGAUCGGCGACGUCAACAUGUUCCUCCCCGAUGGACCUACCGGGGACGGAGAAUGCGAGAUCAUGAUCGCUGCCCCAUCUGACCGCGGGAAGGGAUUUGCGGGGGAGGCUUUGAGAUUAUUUUUGGCAUAUGCGACCUCGUCCCUCAGCAUGCGCCCACAACAGCUCAUCGCGCGGAUAGGGAGGAGCAAUGCGCCUUCCAUCAAACUCUUCGAAUCCCUCGGGUUUGGGGUCAGCAAGGUGGUCGAGGUAUUCGACGAGGUGGAACUUCGUUGGGGUCACGAGCCAGAUCAGGCUGAGUCGACUGCUGUGACCGACGAGCUGGGGUAUAGCAUACCAGAGGGUAUAAUAGGAGUGUACGAUCCCCGCGAUGGGACCGCAUGA